AUGGAAGAAAGCAAACGAGGAGAGAUCGAGCAGCAGCAGCAAUUAAUAUUACCGACACAGCGCUUGCGAAGUGGCGAUUCGGCUCCUACCAAGCCCCGCCGGCUGCACGACGCGGGGCUAGAUCGAUCGAUCCAGCACCGCAUCACCUGGAGCAAGCGCCAUCGCCGUGAAAUCGAGCGCCGCCGCCGCCGCCGCCGCCGCUCCUCCUCACCGCUGCUGGAGCCUGGAACUCGAAAUAAAAAUCCCCAAGAGCUUUCACAUGCAAUGAAAACUCUCUCCAAAGCUUUCGUCUGGCGCCUGGGCGGAUCGCAGCCGUUGAGUGUGAGAACGGGCGACGGCGAUGAUGCCACGUGGGAGUUUAAUUUGAAACUUUGUCCAAGUAGUACUUUUAAGUGGCAGACAUCAGUUUGUGAUGUGGAGCCACUGGUGAGGCGAUUCGAUGAUCCCGGCCUUGGCGCUUUUCCGGAUGUGAGAGACGUGAUCGAGCAGCUCGAUCACGCUUGCAGGAACAUUGGCUUCUUCUACGCGACAGGCCAUGGCGUCUCUCGGGAGCUUAUGGACGACGUCCGGAGUUUAAGCCACGAAUUUUUCAAGCUUCCAGACUGUGAGAAAAUGCGAAUCAAGAUGACUCCUUCCAGCGGCUAUCGGGGAUACCAAAAGCUUGGAGAAAACGUAUCGUAUGGCAUGCACGACUGUCACGAAGCCAUUGAUUACUUUCGAGAAUUUGGACCAGAGAUCCAGGAUCUAGAACUCGCAAAAACGGUGAUGGGUCCAAACCAAUGGCCAGAGAAUCCAAAGCGUUUUCGUGCAGUGAUGGAGGAUUACGUUGAUCAAUUGCGAGCACUGUCAAAGGCGAUAUUCCGAGGGGUAGCACUGGCUUUGGGUGGCGAAGCUGACACUUUUGAGGCCUCCAGAGCUGGGGAUCCAUUCUGGAUACUGCGAGUCAUUGGUUAUCCUCCGAAACCAAAUUUCGAUACAAAGGUGGAGCCUUUAAGUUUUUGUCUUGGAAACUCUAAGGAGGAGGAGAAGCCAGUCGUCUACGGUGAACAUCUCGUGAAAAAAGUCCUCACAAACUUUGCUUGAGAAAGCUGGGGUUUUUGUCCCUCCGAUUGAUCCAAAGCUCCCUCGAUCUUGCCACAGAAAAUUCGAUCCCAAAUCAGUAGAAGUAUCCCAAAAUCCGGCCACCAAGGUUCUUUUUCUUGGCUUCUCGGUGAUCCAUGACACCCAGGAAAUUCGUGAUCACAAGGUGACCAACCUUCCAAGAACAAAAAAGGAUUUUAGCAUAAAGAAAAUUCAUACUUCUUAUUCUACCUC